AUGUCUACUGUUUGGCUUCAAGUUGGACAAUGUGGCAACCAGAUAGCUCAGGAAUUGUGGCAAAAUCUAGGCCUUGUAAAUGGAACCUGUGGAAAAAUAGAUAGGAAUCCCUUCUGUUCCCGUGAUGGAAAACUCAGUGCUAUCUGUGUGGACAGUGAGCCCAAAGUGAUCAAGAAAAUGCAGAAACAAAUGAAGAAAGGGGGUCAAUUCACUCCCCUAGUGCCAGACUUAGUUCAGGCAUAUGGCUACUACAACAAGCCUUCAAACUGUGAAAAGAGUCUUCUCUACAGGACCAUGGAGAGACUUCGGAAGGAAGUAGAACUCAGAGAUUGUUACAGUGGGACCGUGCUUUUUCACAGUCUAAGUGGUGGCACAGGAGCAGGUCUUGGCUCUCAUCUCUGUGAGGAAAUCAGAGAUGAAUAUCCCUUAGGACAGAUUCUGUCUGUAACGGUGGCCCCAUACCAGACUGGCGAGUGCCCUCUUCAACAUUACAACAUUCUGUUGUGCCUUUCUUGGCUUCAGAGUUAUGCAGAUGGCAUCUUUCUGUUCCACAAUGAUGAUGUCCUGAAGAGAACAGCAGCCAGCAUGGAGAAGAAAAAUAUCCAUGAGCCUAGAAAGCUAUCCCAAGUGUCCCUGUCCAACAUGAACACCUACAUUGCAGACUGUGUGGCAGGACUCUUGUACCCAGUCAACAAUUUCCGGCCAACCAGUGGGCUGAACAUGGGAGUGGAACCCUGGGAGUUACUGCGGUCUGUCUGUCCUGUGCCAACCUUGAAAUUCCUUCAUGUUGCUCAGACCAGUACCAGAGGUCAGGUGUUUUGGGACAGCAUGGUUUCAUCACUGACUCACUUCUUGGCUCCUGAGUCAAGUACUGGGGACCCUUUUUAUAGUACUUCUUUGCUGUUGGUGGCCCGAAGUAACCACUGCUCUUUGAUCCGACCCCAGAGUUCUGCAAUGAAGAGGCUGCAACGGGCCUAUGGCUGUGUAUCCUGGAACCCUUUCCCCCUCUCUCUUUGGACAGCCUCCUAUGAUAUGAAGGACCCCGCUGGUCAGAGGCACUCACUCACUGUCUGUGCCAACCACAGCAGCAUCAUAGAUCUGCUGAAACAUACUCUGGAGAAAGCACAAAAAAUGUACUCAGCCAAUGCAUAUACUCACUGGUAUAGGCAAUAUGGCUGUGAGGGGAGCGAUUUUGAGCAGGCUUUUGAUACCUUCUACACAGUGGAGGCUGAGUAUCGAAGUGCAGGAGAAUGGUGA